GGAUUGUAGUUGGUCUAGUACCUAUAAAACUAUGAUACUGUUGGAGAAUAGAUUAUUACUCAUCUCACUCUUGUUCCUCUUAAAACUCGUCCUUUGAUUUCUCUAGUUCUCUUCAAUGGCGAUGUCAUUCUCAGGAGCUGUUCUCAGUGGGAUUAAUUCUUCUUUCCCCAGCGGCGUAGCCAAGCAGAGCGGCGUAGCCAAGCAGAGCGGCGUUGGCGCCGUCAGAUUUGGCCGGAAAACUGAGCUCGUUGUCGUCGCUCAGCGCAAGAAGUCGUUGAUCUACGCCGAGAAAGGUGAUGGAAACAUUCUCGAUGACAUCAAUGAGGCCACAAAGAGAGCUUCAGAUUACGUGACAGACAAGACAAAGGAGGCGUUGAAAGAUGGAGAGAAAGCAAAAGACUACGUUGAUGAGAAAAACGUUGAAGCCAAAGACACUGCAUUGGAUGAAGCUCAGAAAGUUUUGGAUUAUGUGAAGGAAAAAGGAAACGAAGCAGGAGAGGAUAAGGACACUACAAAGGCAUGAUGAUUCAACCACUUAACUAGUAUAUAUAUAUAUAUGUAUCAAUCCUUCAUGUUUCAUGUUUAAUAUUAUACAAUAAGAUCAGUUUGUUUUUACUUCUAUUUCACUAUUUGAAAUAAAAGAUAUGUUACUUAA